UGAAGUUUAAAAUACAAAUAAAACCAGUUUAGUGUGAAAGAGAUAGAAAAUGGUUGUAUGAUGUGAUGGCAAAAUAUUAAAAAUCAGUGAAAGGAUUCAACGAAAAAUUUCCUUAGAAACAAGUGUGAAAGUCAUCAAUCAAUACAAAAGCAGACUGCUGCCGGAUUAACAUCUUUUUUUCAAUAUUAUUGUGGAUUAUUUAAAAAGAAAUUUUACAUGUCACUACAACAGAACCAAUAGUAAAAGACCAAACUAUUAUGCAAAUAUGCUUCAAAUAAGAAGAAAAAAACCAAUGAUGAAACUCGACUACAGAAACUGUGAUAUAAAAUGGACAAGGAAGGUGAUAGGAAUUUUAGUUAUAUUUUGUAGUUUUAAUUUAGCAAUAAGUAGCAGUAGCAGCCAUAGUGCAAAAUAUAGUGCACCUUUAAAUAAUAAUUCGGAAGAUGACUUCAAACCAAUAAUCUUCACACAUAUGGAUUCAGAGCUAAUAGCGAGUCAACAAUUUACAAAAACUGGACAAUAUCGAAUAUUUGAACCUAUCGAAAGUGAUUUACGGCUAAAUCGUAAAGAAUUUACUAGAGAAAAUGAAACUGACAGUAAUUCAAUUAGUUCUGAAGCAAGAAAAGAGACACAUCCUUUUGACGAAAAAAAGAAUAAAUUUAAUAAUAUGCUUGAUAGUACAUUAAAUGCAGGAUUAAAACAUAUCGAAGAUCGUCUUUCAUCUUAUUUGGAUGAAUUUUUCGCUCGAAAAGAAAUUGAAAAAUUUGGCAUUGCUGUUAAAGUAAAUGGCAAUUCUAUUGAGGAUAAAAAUCAAGAGUUGACAAAUGAAAACAAACUGGGAAGGAAUUUAAAAAGACUUGUCAGAAAUACUGUUGUUAAUGUACCUCUUCCUCGAGCUGCUGAAACUGGAAGAUUUUUCUUAUUUGCUGGUUUGAAAAAAAUACUGUGGCCACUAUUUAUUGGGGUACAAAUCAUCAAAUCAUUGAUUUUUGCAUUAUUUUUACCAAGUAUCAUUGGGUCGAUUGGAAAAAUUGCUACACAAGGAUCUUCAUCGAUAGCUGGUUUCAACAAACCAUCAGAAACGGUCAACGAUUUGAAUUUCAAGGAUAAUUUUGAAGAUGAUAACAAAUAUAUGGUGGAUAAUGCUGGUUACGCUUAUAAUCAACCAGAACCCUCAACAAAUCACUUUUCAACACAACUUUAUGACUCAGCUGCACUCAAUAAUAACGCCCUAUCAAGAUUUGGCAUCAACAACAAUCGAAAUAACUAUUUGAAUACUUUUGGUUAUGAUGAGAAUAAAAAAGCCAAUUUGAAUCCUGAUUCACCAUCAUUAGCACAGCUUUAUCAGUCUUUUAAGAAACUACCAUCGUCUUCAUUGGUUCUAUCGAAUUAUGAUCCUUUCUAUAGUCCUUUGCUAUCUCGAUUAGAUGCGAUAUUUGAACAAUUGGGACUUAAAUCGAAAGAUGAAAAUUGCAGAGAAAAACUUAUAUGUUUUAUGUAUGCUGACCCCCAAAAGUAUGCACCUUAUAGUAAUUUGGUAUCGGCACAGUUAAGCAGGGAACUUGAUGAGCUGAAAAAGCCUACAUCUGAGAAUCCAGAAAUUCUUAGAUUCUUUAGAUACAUGAAAGCUGCCAAAGAUGGUCAAGAUGGCGAUAAGUGUGACGAAACUUACUCGAUGUGUGAGAAUUUCAAAGAUUUUGAUAAUCCAGCAAUGAUAAAUGCAUUCCAUGAUAUCAACAAAUUAGUCGAAGCACGAAAACUUCUUAAAUAAUAAAUUUUUGUCAGUUUUAUUAAUAUAAAUAACGAUAGAA